AUGGCGCUGAUCACAGCGGAGUUUGUCUUUCGGAGAAAUACCAACAAAACUACGUCUGGUACGACCCGUCCUCCUCGUGACGGUGAGCUUCACGGUGUGGAUUACAGCUUCCUGUCUGUGGAGGAUUUCCUGAAGUUGGAACGGAGUGAGGGGUUGUUAGAGACAGGAACAUAUGAAGGUAACUAUUAUGGGCCGCCCCAGCUGCCCAACGAGUCUCUCAGUAGGACAGUGAUUCCCCAUGAUGCGUUGCGACACAGUUUCACUGGUUCCCAGAAUUCCUCGUCCAAGCGCAGCUUGUCUUACAGUCGCAUGCACCAUGCAGGAGUAGCGCAUACACAGCUGCAGGAGGAUGCACACACCACCGCAGGCAUGAACAACACGUUUACAGGAGACUCGAGCUGUCCGGAGGUGCAUGGCGUGGUGCGAGAGAAUGCCCCCACCUAUGUGCUGAACAACGUGGCGGCGCCCCCAACAGCCACCUCCAAACACCCCCCCACGCUGCCGCCGGACAAGGACCCGCUCGGACCGCUGCCGGACAACUGGGAGAUGGCCUUCACUGAGAAUGGAGAGAUCUACUUCAUAGACCACAACACAAAGACGACGUCAUGGAUGGACCCUAGGUGUCAGGACAAACAGCCGAAACCACUGGAGGAGUGUGAGGAUGAUGAGGGUGUACACACAGAAGAACUUGACAACGAUCUCGAACUGCCCCAUGGCUGGGAGAAGAUCGAUGAUCCAGUGUAUGGAGUUUAUUAUGUUGAUCAUAUAAACCGUAAGACUCAGUAUGAGAACCCAGUUCUAGAAGCCCGGCAUAAGAAGCAGCUGGACACACAGCAGUCACCUGAAGGCGGACGAUACAUCAGAGAAUGGAUAGAGGAGCACUCUUCUGCUGGAGCAGCCAUCAGCUCUUACAUUCCCACUCACCUUGAGACAUACAGAGACCCUCAGAGCAACCAAUUGGCUCCACUGGCCCCGGGCCCCAAACGAGGAAAGCCGUUCUUCACACGUAACCCAGCUGAGCUAAAGGGGACGUUCAUAAGCACUAAGCUGCUAAAGAGCAGGCGUGGUUUUGGUUUUACUGUAGUAGGAGGAGAUGAACCGGAUGAGUUCUUACAGAUCAAGAGUCUGGUGCUGGACGGACCUGCCGCAGUCGAUGGGAAGAUGGAAACAGGUGAUGUCAUCGUGAGUGUGAAUGACACAAUCGUGCUGGGAUACACUCACGCUCAGGUGGUGAAGAUAUUUCAGUUUAUCCCGAUCGGCUCCAUGGUCCAGCUGGAGCUGUGCCGCGGCUACCCGCUGCCCUUUGACCCUGAUGACCCCAACACCAGUCUGGUCACCUCUGUGGCCAUCCUCGACAAAGAGCCCAUCAUAGUGAACGGUCAAGAGGGGUUUGAGCCCAUCCCUGGCCUGCCUGUUCAGAUGGCAACCGGUGCUUCAACUGUUGGCUUGGCACCCAGCCACGAGCCCGCCGCGGACACCACACUGUUAGUGUCGGGCGACGGCUGUCUCGGUUACAGCAAUGAUGUCGUGACUCUAGCGUCGUCCAUAGCGACACAGCCCGAGCUGAUUACAGUUCACAUCGAGAAGGGCGAUAAAGGCUUCGGCUUCACCAUCGCUGACAGUCUGAGUGGUGGCGGCCAAAAGGUCAAGCAGAUUGUGGAUUACCCGCGAUGCCGAGGGCUGAAGGAGGGAGAUAUCCUGAUGGAGGUGAACAAGAGUAGCGUUCAGGGCAUGAGCCACAACCAGGUGGUGGAUUUCCUCAGCAAAUGCCCACAAGGAGGUGAAGUCACUAUGCUGGUGCAGAGAGGCGAACACACUUCUGGGUUCUUCAGAGCAGCAGCUGUUAAUGGUGGAUAUGGAGUCCUGCAGCCCAAGAGAAGCCCUAAAGUGCUGCAGUUGGAGAGGAAGGACAGUCAGAGCAGCUCUCAGCACAGUGUGUGCAGUCACCGCAGCACACACACAGACUCGCCUGCUCGUCCAGUUCCUGUCGUGCCCAGCGACACGCUGGUGGCCCCCCCACCUGUACCGCCACCUCCCAACCAGCCUCUGCCCGUGCUGCCACCCUUUGACCCUCCAGCGGCCAAUGGGACGCUCCAGAAGAAACCGGACCCCUUCAAGAUCUGGGCUCAGUCCAGGAGCAUGUACGAGAGCCGCAUGCCGGAUUCUCAAGAGCAGGACAUUUUCCUGUGGAGGAAAGACACUGGCUUUGGUUUUAGGAUCCUGGGAGGAAAUGAACCUGGAGAACCAAUCUACAUCGGGCACAUAGUGAAGUAUGGGGCGGCGGAUGAGGACGGGCGUCUGCGGUCUGGAGACGAGCUCAUUUGUGUUGAUGGCACAACUGUGGUGGGCAAGUCUCAUCAACUGGUGGUUCAACUCAUGCAGCAAGCAGCUAAACAGGGCCAUGUCAACCUCACUGUGCGACGCAAGACUAGUUAUGGUGGUAAACACACAUCUUAUAAGGGGGAGGUUGAUGUCCCCCCAUCUCCUGCGUCGUCUCAUCACAGCAGCACACAGGCGCCGUCGCUCACGGAGGAGAAACGGACACCGCAGGGCAGCCAGAACUCGCUCAACACUGUCAGCUCUGGGUCGGGCAGCACCAGUGGGAUUGGCAGUGGAGGCGGGGGUGGCAGCGGGAGCACUGUGGUUGCCAUGGCACCAGCCGCCCUACAGCCCUAUGAUGUUGAGAUCCAACGUGGUGAGAACGAAGGUUUCGGCUUCGUCAUUGUGUCGUCCGUGUCGCGGCCUGACUCUGGAACUACAUUUGCUGGAAACUCGUGUGUGGCCAUGCCUCAUAAAAUAGGUCGCAUCAUCGAGGGCAGUCCCGCGGACCGCUGUGGAAAGCUGAAGGUGGGUGAUCGGAUCCUGGCUGUCAACUGCUGCUCCAUCACCAACAAAUCUCACUCUGACAUCGUCAACCUGAUCAAAGAGGCCGGCAACACUGUCACGCUGCGAAUCAUACCCGGGGAUGAGUCGUCAAACGCCUCACUAUUGACCAAUGCUGAGAAGAUCGCCACCAUCACCACCACACACACACCACAGAGCAGCACAGAGCCCAGGAACAACAAACCUAAACAAAUCCAACCAGCAACAUUCAAUCAGGAAGCAGAGUUUUACUCUGUGGAUCUGGAAAGAGACAGUAAAGGUUUCGGCUUCAGUCUGAGAGGAGGGAAGGAGUACAACAUGGAUCUUUAUGUGCUCAGAUUGGCUGAGGAUGGAGCCGCCACCAGAAACGGCAAGAUGAGGGUUGGUGAUGAAAUUUUGGAGAUCAAUGGUGAGAGCACAAAAAAUAUGAAGCAUUCUCGCGCCAUCGAGCUGAUCAAGAACGGAGGCAGACAAGCUCGUCUGGUGCUGAAGAGAGGAGAUGGAUCUGUCCCAGAGUAUGACAGGUCCAAUGACAGCUACCCUCCCUCACCCGGGCCACAAAAUUAUUCGGAAGUGAGAACCCAACUGAGUGGCCUGUUUCAUCGUCCAUCCGAGUCCAACUAUACAUCAGAAUUUCACACUCCACCCCAAACCACAGAGCACCAACGGAAAGGCAGAGAGCCUGAGCGAGCAAGAAACCGAGGCAAGGAUGACAACACAGACCUUUACUCCAGCGCUCAACUUCACACCUGGAACAAUAAUCCCAGACCCUCCCCUUCCCCCGACAGCAAAAACAACUCCCAUCGCAAGGUCAAGAAGUCUGAGUCUGAGAGUGGCAUCGCUAAGCUCUUCAAAACAUUGAGGAAGGAGGGUGGAUUUGGGAGGAAAGCGUCCAGUCAGGAUCUAGCGGGGCGAGGCAUCAAACUUGCCGAGACGCGAAGCAGCACUGGAUCUCAAGUGCGCAGCGGAUCCUUGGAUCGCUCCACCACCCGUAAGCGCAACACCUCUCCAGAACGCCGCAGGGCCAAGUCCAUGGACCGCCGGACACAGCGGUCAUAUAAAGAUCAGUCACCGGAACGAAGCUCGCAAGCCUCUUCCCAGGACUUGCUUUGGCAAACGUCCACUCCAGAAAGGCACUUCCAAACUCAACAGGUCCCCCAAACGCCCAGCAAGAGCUUCAGGAAAGAGGGUUACUUUACGUCCACUCCCGAGAGAUCCCUCAAACCCCAGGCACUCGUUCUCGGAUGCACGCCCGAGCACAGUUUAAAAAACAGGAACCUCUUGCACGACAGCUCUCCUUCCGGUCAGGCCAAAAGACCAGGUUAUUUCGCCAAUGGAAGCUCGGAAAGACAAUUCCACAGGAAAUCAGAGAGCAGCAGUGAUGGAAGUUACCUGGAAGAGGGUGCAACUCCACAAUUUAGGGAUUAUUACAAUGCAUUGAAACCCAGCAGUGCAAACGGGAUCUAUUUGGGCUGAGGCCUUACCCAGAACCCUCAGUCUAAGAGACGGAUUUACAAAGAGAACCAUGCGGACCUCAGCAUCUGAGCACUCCACAGGGAUGAGCUUCACCAUAGCUGAACAACCCUCUUUCUAGUUUCCAUUUGUUCCUUUGUUUUUAUGUUGUCACGAGUGAGAUCCGUGUUUUGUUGAAGAAGCUUUUUUUGUUGAAGGCUAUUUCGUUUUGUUCCCCAGUUUUACAUUCCUCAAAUGCGCCAGAACUACUUUGUGUCUCCUAUUCAAAUUAUUGACGAGCAGAGCACAAGCAUUCAUCGUUUGUAUCUUUGUACAUUUUAUGGACAAAUUUAUGUGUUGCAAAAUCUGAACUCAAACUGCGAUGCUACUGUUUAAUGAAGUAAUAUAUUUAAGCUGUAUAUUUAUUUUGAAAAAUUUAAACAUAACUUGAUGGGAUGUUCAGAUGAAAACUUAUCAUUUGUUCUUAGUCUACUGUACGAUAUCUGACUGCAUUUGUCUUCACACUGCACUGGACUACGGCACGGGGCCGGGCAACAGCAAAAAUGACAAAGUGGGAGGAUAAUACCUUUGUGGCACAAAUACGUUUUAUUUUGCAGGUUUGCUAUAUUAGAAUUUAGACUUGUGCACAGCUGAGAGAACUUGACCCAACUUUAGCAUUAAUGCCAGUUAUAAUGUAGGAUUAGCUAAACAAACAUCUGAUCAUUAAUAGAGCCAGGUAAAAAUAUCAAUCUUCAUUUGAAUUAUUGAAAGAUUCUUACAAUCCAGUGAUCAGUCUUUAAGAAAUUGCCAUUUUUAGUGGAUGCGUAAAAAGUUUAGAUUAUUUGUAGCAUGAUUCAGUGGCGGAUCCUGACACACCAACCCUCACGCACUAGUAUAUUUUUUAGGCCCAAAAAUAUACUUAACACUAGUACGUGAAUGCUAGCACUUCUAGCUACGCAAGAUCAAUUUCAUGCAUUAUUGCAUUUUGAUGUGUCAGAUAUAACACAAAGCAAGUAUAUAUUGCAUUCUCAGCAUGCCACUGUCUUAAGGGGCACUAUAGUGGAAACUAUCUUCUUCUGUGGUCAGUUUCGUCUCUUUCUGGUCAAAUAAUGUCAUAACAGAGUAACGGUUUUAAAUAGAAUCUUGCUGAGCAAUUUAGUUAAAGUUAGUUAAACUGUCAACAAGUUUACAGCUAGCAACCUGAAUCAUACCAAGGUACCAGAUUAAUCUGGAUUAACUGCUCAGAUCUGAAGGUGACCUUAUCGCCCCCUUGAGUACUGAGGUUUGUAAUUGUCUGUUAAAUAUCUACAACAGGACUCCACACUGGCAAUGCACCAGCCAAGCAUUCAAGUCUGUGUUGCAUACUUACUUGCGUUUAGUGUGUUUCUGGCCAUUUUUGAAUGAAAAUCAGAUAUAUUUUUUUUUAUUCAUUUGGCAAGAAGGAACUAUGUACUAAUUAAAACAGACCUGUUGAAUCAAAUUAAAUCAAAAUCUGAACUGAAUCGCAAACUUUUCAAUCAAAUCAAAAUCAUUGACGAUACUCAACCUUAUCAAUGAAAUACAGUAUUUCAAAAGUGAGUGUACUGUUUAAUUUUAGUACCUGCAAUUCUUAGUGGCAGUUCGCAGUAUUUUUACAUCAUGGUUGCUUUCAAAUGUUGGCUAUCGCCCAAAACGGACACUUUUACCUCUAUGAAGUGUAGAACCAAAGGCAGGCCUGAUUGAGAUAAUCAUCUCUAGAAAUGUGUUAAUGAUGUGGUACGUCCAUGCAGCAUACGAUUUCUGCAAGAUUUGGGUUGCCAAUGGCAAUUAAAAAUACUGCAAGACAGCUUUGCAAAAAUGUCACCUGCCGCAAUCUGCCAUACUGAGCCGUACCAUGUUUUCUGUCUCGCGAUUGAGAGCGACAGAGGUAAAGCUAUAUGUAUACGCAAUACAUGUUUGUUUCUACACACAAUUUGCUUCGUAAAUUGAAAUGACCCAUUUUGACAGGGCCGUAAUUUCUCAAACAGUUAAAAGAACAGGGAAUUCCUUAACAGUCAUCUUAAUAGUACUGUAUCAAAAUGACGAACGAAUCAACUGCAAUCUUUUGUACAGACUUUUACUACUGUAUGUACUUCUGACCUGUGUAGUAAUGAUAACGUUGCCUUUGUACAAAAGAGAAUUUAUGAAAGAUGUCCACCUAGAGGAAGAUGCUAACAUGUUUAUACUCUGCACACAGGGACUGUAGAUAAUGUGUAAUUUGUACUCAGAAAAUCAGGCAUGUGUAAAGAUAUUUGGGUUUUUUCAGGGUGGGUGGGAAUUGAAAUUGGACACUGAUUGGAUGUAAUUUUGGGAGGUCUGUUGUAAUGUAUAGCCUGCCUUUUUAUUCUAAAGCUCUUGUAUACUGUCUGUGGUCUCUCUGCAAUGUUAUCUGGACUUUAAAUGCUUUUUUUCUGUGUUGAUAAAAGCAGUACAUGUAUAUGGGCCAAUGUUUUUUGUUUGUUUGUUUGUUUGUUUUUAUGAAACUAUGCAUAUAUAUAAAAGUUCUGCAUUGUCUAUAGCUUUAUUUAACUCAUGAAGCUAUACAUAACAUUAGUCUAUAAGUUAAAGUAGAUGUGGACUUACCCAGUAAAGCUUUUUUUCCUUGUUUGGAUGGAUCACAAUGUAUAUGUAGCUAUCAAAAAAGAAGUCUGUGAAUGCUAUUUUUAUUAUCAAAUAAAGUUUU